AACUUGGACAUUUCCUUGCCUGAUCUCACUGUGGAGGUUGACACUGCAACAACUGAGGGCAUUGCAGACCCUGACCUCAUGGCCAGGGAGAGUGUGAAUUAUGCUCCCACUCCAGAUCUUUUUGAGGAGAAUGGUGUCUCCAGUGCAAAGCAAGUGCCAGCCUUCAUCAGGAACAUGCACCAGAGACUGACAGCCAACGUGACUCCAGAAGAGGAGCUGCUCACAGAGUUUCUGAGGGUGACCAAGGAAUACCCUGCUGAUGUUGUGGUCACCCUCCUGCGCUGUGCCCCAUCAUGUGAUAGAGCUGCUGCCAGCAUGUGGAGGACCAUCGCCUCGUCGGGAACAGCACUGGAGAAGGUGCUGCCAAAGCUGCUCUCUGUGAUGGAGGACUGGCCAUUGCACAGCUCAUCCACCUCCGACGGGGACAAUAUGCCUGUCUUUGCUCUGGCUUCAACCAUCGUGGUUUGGGAGAUUCUCCAGAUGUCCCAGUGCCCAGAGCAAUUGAAAGACUAUUCCUCCCAUCUCCUCGUGGAUCUCCUCUUCCAAGUUUCCACCAGCAAAGAGCAGAUGCCAGAGGAGGUUGACACAUUCUGGAAGGGAUACUGGGAGCAACAUCGCCUUCCCACAGACUCCAAGAGAUUUGCAGUGUUGACCAUAAAGGCCCUACUUUGCCGCCUUGAGUAUGAGGAUGUGGUGGUUUCAAUGGAACAGAAGCGUGGCUGGGACACGCUCGUCAAUGCUGACACCCACCACUACGCAGUGGGUCUACUGGCCAGGGAGAUGCGCCGUGCCUCGAGCCCCUUGUAUUCCUGGAUUGCCCUUUGCCUGCUGGGGCUGCUCAUCAGGGACAAGCCCCGCUGGGAGCUUCCUGCCAUGGCCUUCCUUGUGGAGGUCCUUGACUGCCGGGAUAUGACUGAAUGGAGCGACAGCUUCCUGGAGAUUCUUGCAAGGCACCUGAGAAGUGAGUGCCCAGAGAUGCGUCGCCUGGCACUCAGAGGCCUCGUGGUGCUCAGCAAGGAUCCUGUGAUGGCUGACGGCAUGCGGACCCUGACACAAAGCCUCAUGGACGUUCUGUGGGAUGCAGACAGAGAGCUGGUCGAAAUGGCCCUCUCUAUAUUCAUCAAUGAAGUUGAGGACAGAGACAUCCUAAUCUCUACCCCCACUGCCCUGCAGCUGGCUGAGGUGCUGCAACCACUCUUUGGCUACGACAACAUCCGUGUGCAACUGCUCUCCAUUCACCUCUUCCAAAAGGUGAUGGAGUUGGGAGUGGAUGAAGGACAAGAACACCUGAAGUCACACGUGAACCAGAGCCUGAUGCCGCUCUUCUUCAACUGGCACGACGAGAACCAGCAAGUGGCAGAAGUGAGGACACGGGUCCUGUGCCCUGGGCUGUGGUGCCAUCUCCUGGACUCUGUUGCUCUGCAGGCCUCUUGGAAAGCGCUUCUUCGUGCAGCCUGGUUGCUGAAGAGGAGGGAUCUUGUGGAGCUGUUGAAGACAGAGCAGCCGUGGAGGUUUAGCGAGUGCCUGCUGGAGAAGGACAAGAGCCGAGUGGCCCAGUACCUCUGCCAGGCCCUGCCGUACCUGGAGAGCCCACAGGAGCCCGUGCGAGAGGCGGUCCUCAGGUUCAUAGGGAUCGCCGGGAGGUACCUGAGGGGACAGCAGGUUGAGCUGCAGAUCGUCAUUGAUGUUAUUGAAGGCAUGACUCAUGACAGCGCUGCCAUCAAAAGCCUGGCAAUUCAAACCCAGAAAAUCCUAAUGGCUGUCCAGAGACCUCAGGCUUCUCCACAUUCCAGCAGUUUGAACAUCAUCUCCAGAGUGUGCAGAAUAGGGAGGCUCCUCUGUGGGGCAGCUGCCAGAGCCCCCUUGUCUGCUGGAGAGUGA